UUUUCCUGUUGAGUAACUGCAUGCUGGUCUGGUUGUGCUAGGGAGGGCGAGAGAGUGAGCUAGAGGAAAGAAGUGCUCCUGAAUCUUAUCGGAGCCCUCUCUCCCCUCUCUCCCGUUCCCCUCCUUGCUUUCCGCUUGUGUCCAUUUAAGUUGGGGAGGCCCUGGAGAGGACACACAAUGGAGCGAAGAGCCUGUGGCAACUGGGCCGUUGUACUGCUGAGAGGGGGAUGGGGUGGAGAGAGGACCGGUUCACACAGCUAACACAGCCUGCCGGCUGUAGGCUUCCACAGCCUUCCUCCCCGCCUGGACCCCUGUUUUCAGGCUGGGGCCUUUAUUGUGGAACGGCCACCCUCAAACUCCACUUGGACUAUACUAAGGAUUAUUCAGCGUCUUCUGUCGGAUUUUAGGAUUCAUACUGGAGCCUGAAGAAUAAAUCCCUCCUGUGUUUUGGCUUCUGAAAAAAGAGAAACAAACUUAUAUGUAAUUCUUCUUGCCCUUUCUCGGUUUUUGGUUUCUGUUUCUUUUUAGUGGACUUCAUAAAUGGAUUACAAGAUGCAUGCCAAGUCCAAUGAUUUGCUGGAUUUUCAAAAACUGGACGCCCUUCUGGAAAAAAUUGCACAUUCAGUCUCUGUGAAAAGAGAGUCCAGUGAGGAGUGCAAUGGGAUCAGCGGUGCUCUGUCAGUGGAGUCUGUGCCGGGGCCAAGACUGAGCUGGUGUCCUGCCAACACCACUACCCCUGCCCCUGCAGCUCCAGCUCCUGCUCGGGGGACUGAGCCCGCGCCCCACCCUGUCAGAAUGGGAGACGGCCUGGAUGCAGCGCAGAUGUCGGGCAGCAACAGCAGUAGCAGCAGCGGCCAGGGGCAGGCCCAGCAAGGUGGCAACCCCCCACCUCCAGAGUACAUCAAUCCCACCAGGGCAAAGCGCCAGACCAAUCAGCUGCAGUACUUGCUCAAGGUGGUGGUGAAGGGCCUGUGGAAACACCAGUUUGCCUGGCCCUUUCUUAUACCAGUGGAUGCGAUCAAACUUAACCUGCCUGACUACUACACAAUAAUCAAAAUUCCUAUGGACAUGGGAACAAUCAAGAGAAGGCUUGAGAACAGUUACUACUGGAAUGCCCAAGAAUGUAUCCAAGACUUCAACACGAUGUUUACCAACUGCUACAUAUACAACAAGCCCGGAGAUGACAUAGUCUUAAUGGCGGAGUCUCUGGAGAAGGCUUUCCUCCAAAGGGUCACAGAAAUGCCUCAGGAAGAAACUGAGAUUGUUGUCAUGACAGGGAAGGGGCGUGGCAGGGGCCGAAGAGAAGGAGGUCUGAACUUGAAACCAGGGGGCAUCAUUGAUUCUUCGUCCACGAUCCCUCUAACACGUGGUGUGUCGAACCUCUCGGCAGCACCACAGAUCAGGGGACCGGUGCAGGGUCCGCCUUCACUACCUCCCCUGCCUUUGAUGCAGGCCCUGCCGUCCCACAUGCCCCCCACGUUACCCAGCCAUGCGCCACAGCUCGGAGCCCCCUACUCGAUGGGCCACUCAGACUGCGCUCCUCAAGUUCCCAUCAUGACUUCUGUGCCUCCCCCUGCUCAGACUGCACUCCCCCCAGCAUCCAUCCAGAACGUUGCACCCAUGCUGCAGAACCCCAUUACCAUGACCAAAAUAAGAAAGAGCCAGAAGCGGAAAGCUGACACCACCACUCCCACAGCAAAUGACCAACUGAGUGAGUCUUCACCAGCAGAGUCUAAAUCUGGGAAGACCCUACCCAGGCGAGAGAGUGCGCGGCCUCCUAAACUGUUGAAGAAGGAGGCUCCUGACUCCCAGCAUCACAUCGGCAUGGUGAUGGGACUGAGUGGACCAAGUGGCGGUCACAGCCCCAAACCACAGGAUCAGCUAGGAUACUGUGCAAGUGUGGUCAGGGACAUGCUGUCCAAGAAGCACGCUGCUUAUGCCUGGCCCUUCUACAAACCUGUGGAUGUGGCUGCGCUGGGACUACACGAUUAUCAUGACAUCAUCAAGUAUCCUAUGGACCUCAGCAGCAUCAAGUUGAAGCUGGAGAACAGGCAAUACCGAGAACCCCAGGAGUUUGCUGCUGACGUACGAUUAAUGUUUUCCAACUGCUACAAAUAUAAUCCUCCAGACCAUGAGGUGGUAGCCAUGGCCCGCAAACUGCAGGAUGUCUUUGAGAUGCGCUUUGCCAAGAUGCCAGAUGAACUGGAGACCAAGCCUCUGGUUCCCCCCCCAGCUCCUGUACUUCACCACCCUGCACCAGUUAAGCCCCAGCCUCCUCUGGCCCACGUGGCCUCGUCCUCAGACAGCUCCAGUGACUCGUCCUCCGAGUCCGAGUCUUCCACAGACGACUCUGAAGAGGAGAGAGUCCAGAGGUUAGCAGAGCUCCAGGAUCAGUUGAAGGCUGUCCACGAGCAGUUGGCUGCCUUGUCUCAACCACAAGCCAGCAAACCAAAGAGAAAAGAAAAAGAGAAGGAGAAGAAGGAAAAAGAAAAGGAGAAGGAGAAGAAGAAAGAAAAGCAUAAGAAAAAGGGAGGUAUGUCUGGCCAUGUGGAUGAGAUCCAGGAUGCAACACCUGUCCCGCAGCUCUCUAAGAAGAACAAGAGCAGAGACCAUAACAACAAGGACAGUGCACCAAGGAAGAAAUCUAGUAAAAAGGAAGCGAUGAAACUCAAUCAUCCCACCAACCUGCUGCCAGUUCCCAGCCUGGAAGAGGAUCUGGGAGCUGCUGGGUCUUCGUCCUCAGGGGAAAAAGGCAAGCCUAUGACGUACGAAGAGAAAAGGCAGCUCAGCUUGGACAUCAACAAGCUUCCUGGGGACAAGCUGGGCCGUGUGGUCCAUAUCAUCCAGUCCAGAGAGCCUUCACUCAAAAACUCUAACCCCGAUGAGAUCGAGAUUGACUUUGAGACGCUAAAGCCUUCCACUCUGCGCGAGCUGGAGAGAUACGUGUCUUCAUGCCUCCGCAAGAAGAAGAAGUUUCCAGCUGAGAAGCCUGUGGAGUCCAUGGUCACCUCCAAAAAGACUGGUUCCUCCUCAGAGAGCAGCGGCUCCAGCACAGACAGCGAGGCUGAAGCGACAGGAAUAAUAAAGCAUCAGAAGAAAAAGGGCCACUCUGCGAAGGAGGGGAAGAAGCCUCAUCCUCAUUUACACAUUCAGAGUGGCCCCGCUCAGGCUGGGCUUCAUUCCCAUAUAGCAGGCCUUCAGGCUAGCAUCCAGAUGAAGCAGCAGCAUCAGCCGUCUCCUGCAGGCUUCACCGCCCCCCCCGUAGCUGCUCUGGAGUCUUCCCAACUACUGGAAACUAGCUUUGAGUCCCUGCCGCCUUUCGGCCAGCCCCUCAUGCAUCUGUCCCAUCACCAAGGCAACUCCCAAUCCUCACCCGCAGCUCCACAUCUCAACGCUCAUUCUGCUGGGCCAGUGUCCCCUGAAACCCACCCCUUCCUCAACCAGCAUCCCAUCCUUACGUCUCCGGCCUUGCACAUCUCCAUGCCUCAGCAGCCUUCCCGACCCAGUCACAAGGCGGCGCCUCUUCAUCCAAAAGCCCCUCAGCAGCAAGCAGCACCCCCCCAGCAGCAGCCCCCCCUGCAGCAGCAGCAGCAGCAGCAGCCCCCCCCCCAGACAGCAGCUCCACCACCACAGCACCAGCUUCCCCCCCAGAUACUCCACCCUGCUCAGCCUCUGCACCAGCGGCCCAUGUCCCCCCCAACACUCACCCCCCAGGGCUUGCUCUCCUCCCAGCCUCCCCAGAUGCUGCUGGAGGACGAUGAUGAGCCAGAGUCUACCACCCCUCUGAACCAAGUACAAUUAUACCUGCAGCAGUUCCAGCAAGGCCGGCAGCCCCAGCAGCCCCAGCAGUCCAUGCAGUCCAUGCAGUCACUUCAGGCGCAGGUUCGUCAGCAGCAGCAGCAGCAGCAGCAGCAGCAGCAGCAGCAGCAGCAGCAGCAGCAGCAGCAGGAUCUCCACAAAACACUGAGAAUAUUAAUGUGUGUGAUCCUGUGUUGCGCAGAUGUGAAGUCCAUGGACAGCUCGCGACCUGUGAUCCGCUCCUCUGAGUCCAGUGGACCGCCUCCCUCUCUGCAAGACAAGGACAAGUUCAAGCAGGACUCCAAGACGCCUAUUGCCCCCAAAAAGGAUGUCAAAUUGAAGAACAUGGGCUCAUGGGCCAGCCUUGCCCAAAAGUCCACAUCCACACCCACGUCUGCAGUGAAGUCAUCGAGUGACAGUUUUGAGCAAUUCCGUCGAGCGGCCCGGGAGAAGGAGGAGAGGGAGAAGGCUCUGAAGGCCCAGGCCGAGCAGGUGGAGAAGGACAGGCAACGCAGAGAGCAGGACAAACUACGAGGGCGGGAUGAAGAGGACAUCAUUGAGCCGACCAGACGGGUGCACGAGGAGCCGCGCCGGCGUCAGGAGCAGCAACACAUUCAAGCUCAGUCGCAGCAGCAGCAGCAGCAGCAGCAGCAGCAACAACAGCAACAACAUCAACAACCGCAGCAACAGCAGGAGCCCCCGCCUGCUGCCAUCCAGCAGCCUCCUGCCCCCCCCACCCCGCCUCAGCCCGCUGCACAGAACCCACUCGACCAACAGAGGGAGCUCGCUCGCCGCCGAGAGCAGGAGAGGAGGAGGCGGGAAGCGAUGGCUGCAACAAUUGACAUGAAUUUCCAAAGUGACUUAAUGGCUAUCUUUGAGGAGAACCUGUUCUGAGGAGAUUAGCGACCGAAACGUAACUGCAAAAAAACAAAACAAAACAAAAAACUUGCAUUAUGUAAACUUCCUCGGAGGAGAGACGCUUGGCGACCACGCACCCCAGAGGGCCACGGACUGUCAGUAGCCGUGACGACCCUCGGAGCGAGGACUGAGGGCGCCCAGCUCGCUCUGCCCUUGUGGAGCGGACACACAACACAUGGGGAUCCUAUUGGAUGUCACAUCCUGGGAACUUGGCAUUGCCUGCCUGAUGUAACAGGAGGAAGAGGACUCCUGUUGGCACAGUUUGCCUUUUUUCACUUACAGCGUGCGUGGGCGCAAUAAAUCGCAGGAGAAGAGACACCCUAAUAAUUAUGAAAUGCUCUGAUAAUGUACUGACAGACUGUGCAGAUGUGUUUUUGAAACUGCCAGAUGUCUGAGGUGGUGAAGAAGACUGGUGUUUUAUGUUUUGUUUUGAUUGUUGUAAGUGAACAAAUGAAAUGGUCGUUGGGGCAACUUCCAUACUGUAUAUCGUGUAUAUUUCUCAGCAGAGAAGGUACAGUUUGCCUUACACCUCUUUCCUAAACAGACCAAUGUGUACUGCACACGUUGACAAAACAAUAACAUUUACAACCAGGAGGAGAAGCAGUGCAGACCUUUUUUCAUCAUCUAGUAUCUACUGUAAAGAAGUAUUUUCUUAUACUACAAUAACUGUUUAUUUUCUUUUUCUUCUUUGGGUCGUCAUACCUUCACACUCCUACACCUCUGUCUAUGCCAAACUACCCAUUAUCUUUUAUGCUAAAUUACUUGUCCUAAAACACGGUAGGUAGCUAGACAAAAAAACCUGAAAUAUAUGCAUUAUCAUAGUUCCUGCAAGUAUUUAUCAAAGACAGCAUCAGUUUUCAUCCUGCCUUGAAUUUUUUAUUUAAAGCUACACUUGUUAGCAGUAAAGGGGAAAGGGCCUGACGUUUCUGUGCUUUAGUUGGAAUAUGAUUUCACUAAAAGUUUAGCAACAUCCUUUGUAUUACAUUUGAAGACAUAAUGUUGGAAAUGUUGAUAUCAUUGGCGUGUUUGCAACAGUCACACUACUGGAUCAGUCAAGAAAUGAGAUGAGGAGUCCCUUGCUGUUCUCUCUGUUGGCGCUCUGAUCUUAGCUAAGGGUUAGGAUCAAAGUGCCGGCAGCAGGAAGGGGACCAUCAGGAAUAAGACACACACACCCCUCUGUAGCUGUUACUUGAAUCUGGUUUAGUAAAAAAAUGACUGGAAGGAGCGGAGCCCCCAGUUCGUUUUUGCAUCAAACCUCUUGUAAUUCACUGAGGGCACACUGUAAACAGUACGAAAAGAAAAGACAAACAGAAAUUUGAAAAAACUUUAAAAACAGUUUUGAUUUAUAACUUUAUUCUUGUUAAAUAAUAGUGGAUGUGAGUUAUAAUUCUGUUAUCGGAGACAUUGUUUGGACCAGGGAUGGGUUAAAAAUCUGAAUGCAUCUCGUCCUCUUCACUUGUCUCUUAUGGUGUUUUUCUCCAGUGCCUGUAUUGUAUUGCAAUUCUCGUUGGCUUAUAUUACACUUCGAGGGGUUUAGAAAGGGGGCGGGGCAGGAUUGGGCGGUGUAAUAUUUGAGAUGGGAGGGAGAUUUUUUGAAAGAGUUUGUGUAAAAAAACAAAAAGGAAAAAAAAAUAAAUAAGGAAAAGACAGCGUUUUAUAUUUUACCCGUUGUCAAUAUUCGGGUUUUAAAUCUAGUUUUAGCUGGACUUCUAUGAGUGUACACAUCUGACAACUACUUUCUCAUUUGUUCAAUCAGCGGAUUUUAGGUAGAUAUAUUUCAGCGUUGCCACACUAGCGUUUGAGUCUGGUCUGUGAGUGUGACUGUGUACAUUUGGACGGCUGUGUGACUGUUUUGUUUUUGUUCAAUUUUUUAAAAAGUGUGUGCUGCAAGAGGCAUGUUCCCCGAUGUAGAUAAGCAUUCUAUUGAUGAGGAGAAUAAACAGAUGAACUUCAGGAGAACUUGUUUCUAUUCUUAAGUCACCUUUUAAUUUCUAUGAAGACUACCAUAUAUGAAUAUAGAAUUUUAAUUAUUAGCCUGGUUUUGAAAGGGUAAAAAAAAAAAACGUCAUUCCUUUCUUUUAGCCUUUUUUUCUUUUCACAAUAACUGUUGGACAUAAUGUGCCAUGAGUUCUUCACAGAAUGUGCUGACCCGCAGCUCAGCCCAGAGUUUGCUUUAUUCAGGUAUUUUAUUUUGUGUUACAUUUGUUCUGUUUUGGAGGUUUUGUUCAAACAUUUUCCUCGAUUUAUUUUUUCUCUUUUUUUUUUUUUUUGGUAUGUGAGUGGUAUAUCGAGGUCUCUGAUUCAGUCUGUUAUGAUCAUGGAAUAAACUCAUCUCUUUUAUAGAAAAUAAAAAAUAAACUAAAAUCUA